UAAAAACCAAUGGAGGUGGAAAGAACAAAGUUAGGAACCCUAAAAGCUCCUACUCAUGGAAAGUUCAUUACAGUUCUCAGCAUUGAUGGAGGUGGAAUUAGAGGAAUUAUUCCAGGAAUUAUAGUUGCCUUCUUAGAGUCCGAGUUACAGAAGCUAGAUGGUGAGGAAGCAAGAGUUGCAGAUUACUUCGAUGUAGUUGCAGGGACAAGCACAGGUGGUCUGUUGACCAUCAUGCUAACUGCAGCCAAUGACAACAAUCGCCCUAUGUAUGCUGCCAAAGAUAUCAAGUCCUUCUAUUUUGAUAACGGCCCUAAAAUUUUUCCUCAAGUGAGUUGGCCACUUGCCAAAAUGAUCAAAGCAGUGCUUGGACCAAGGUACGAUGGCAAGUAUCUCCAUAAUCUCCUUAAGCAAAAACUGGGAAACACAAGAUGUCAACAAACAUUGACCAACGUUGUAAUCCCAACUUUUGACAUCAAGCGACUCCAGCCCACCAUCUUCUCCAGCUUUGAGGUGAAGAGCAAGCCACACCUCAAUGCCUUACUGUCAGAUAUAGGUAUUGGAACUUCCGCUGCCCCAACUUAUUUUCCUGCCCACUAUUUUGAAACCAAAGACUCUGCAGGUAAGGUGGAAAAAUUCAAUCUUGUUGAUGGUGGUGUAGCUGCUAACAAUCCGACUUUAAUUGCUAUUGGAGAAGUGACAAAAGAGAUUCACAGGAAAAGCCCAGAUUUCAAUUCUAUAAAAGCAGCUGAUCAUUAUGGUAGACUACUGGUACUAUCACUGGGAACAGGUUCUCCUAAAGUUGAAGAGAAGUACACUGCAAAUGAAGCAUCCAGAUGGGGAGUGUUUGGUUGGUUAGUAAGUGACCUGAUGUAG